UUGGUUUCGUUUGCUGCUGGUUUUCUAGUCUCUCGUUUUAGGAACUAUCUUCUCCAGUCCCCAUUGAGGCCUCUCACAGGAGCUCGUGUUUUCCGACUUUCAUGUCAAAUUGCAUGUACACUGAACGUCAUAGAGAAUAUGUUUCUACUCGGCUUGACUGCGAUUUCUUCAGUGGAGAAUCACGACCUUCACAAAUUUUGCUUUAUUGGGUUUGCUGUGUCAGCUAUAUUGUACAUGUUGUUAAGCACGUGGCUAUUCCAUUAUUCAGGACGUAGAAGGGCCACAAAUUUGGGUGAGCGUUCAUACGAGUACAAAAUCCUGGCAUGCGCCGGCUCAAUCAUCUCCAUGAUAUUGUCUAUGUAUCUUUACUGGAGACACAACGCUUACUGUGAGCCAGGAGUCUAUACGAUGUUUGCGUUGGCUGAGUACUGCGUUGUACUCUGCAAUAUUGCUUUUCAUUCGACGCUAUAUUACGAUUUCCAUGGAAAGAGUGUAAUUUUGUCGUCUACAAUCGGAAGUGGGAACCGGCGGAUACAGCCUGCUCCCAACUGUCAUCGAAAAGGAUACGUAGAGACAAAAAUCAGAUGGAAAUGGUCGGUGUUCUGCACUCCACCAGGAAGGAUUUCUGUAGUUUCGUGUGUCAACUACUAUACCAUUUAG